UGUAAAAUGCACAAAUAAUGGGCAACUUCAUACAUCUUUCUUGAGGCAGUUCAAAAUGUCUUUAGUGUCUGCAGCUUUGUAGACCUCUGGCACCCUUGGGACCAGGUCAACGACUGCGUCCAGCUGGCCUCGUAACUGCUUCAGAUCACGGACCAGAGAGUAGAAACGGUCCGUCGUCCUCACAUCGACGCACAUGAAUGUGGCUGUCCGCUUGCCCAGAGAAGACACGGUGUUUAUGAACUUUUAACCGCUGGCAUCGCAGACGGAUUUCUAGCAUAAACGUUCCAUUGCGUUGACUCUUACUAUGAAAAUCUACGUACUUCCGGUUUAGCGGCUCGGCUUCAUAUUUUAGUUUUAUGGCCAAAACCCUAAAAGGGAUUAACGGAGUGUCUCAUUUUUUGGUUCUAAACGAAAAACUCGAAAACGACUGUCAACUUCGUUGAAUCCGUUUUGGAUUUAAAAGGAAAAACGAGAAAACCUGAAAAACGAGAAAACGAGUGUUUUCGUUUUUGUUUUUUUUUUACGGUAAAAGGGACUAUCAAAACGUACGCGGACCCGUAUUACACAACAAGGACACUUUGUGCAGCAGGACACACCUUGUUACACAAUAUAGCUGUUCAAAGUGCACCACAUGUUACUACAUGCUAACUGGUCAUGACUUUGAGGGACAGGCUAGGACUAGUUUCAAACUUUGGGACCUGUUGAAUAAGUGAUACAGCUGUUGACUUUUCUGCACCUGUAGAUUUAGGUCUCUGAGGGACGUCAGCAUGAGGGCGCUUCGGUCAUCUCUGAUCAUCUUUGCCCUACUCUUGGUUCAACUCUCCAGUUCAUCCUGGGGGAAAAUCCUGGUGUUCCCAUUGGACGGAAGCCAUUGGGUGAAUAUGAAAGUCAUCAUAGAGGAGCUGCAUGCCAGAGGCCACGAGAUCACCGUGGUUCGGCCCUCUGAUAGCUGGUACAUCACUGAAAAGUCUCCUUUCUACACUUCUGUCACUAUUUCUAGUCCUGGUGGAUUUAACCAAAAGUACUUUGAAGCCUUUUUGGCUCGACAGCUGGAGAUCCGGCUUCAGGGUAGGCAUGGAUCUUUUUGGUCCAAAAUCUGGACUAAAAUCCAAAUAGAGCGACUGGUUGUAGAGCAGUUCUCCCAGUUUCACAAGGGGAUGAGUGAAAUAGCCGUUCAGAUGUUAGAAGAUGAAAACCUGAUGCAGUCUUUCCUUGAAGCCAAAUAUGAUGUUGUUUUGACCGACCCCGGUGUCGGUGUCGGGGCAAUGCUGGCACGUCGGCUCCAAGUUCCUCUUGUCUUUAAUGUCAGAUGGACCAUUCAAGGGGAGGCUCAUUUCCUCAUGGCCCCCUCGCCUUUGUCAUACAUUCCUUUCACUUCAACAGAGUUGACAGAUAAAAUGACCUUCCCACAAAGAAUAAAGAAUGUUUUGAGCUAUAAUUUGGGGAUGUACACAAUGUCGUGCAUCACAGAACCUUAUUACAAACCAGUUGUGAAAAAGCACUUUGGUCUGGAUGUGGAUUACUCAACGUUCUUCCUGGAUGCAGAUAUCUGGCUUAUGAGGAAUGAUUUUGUCUUUGAAUUUCCACGUCCCACAAUGCCAAAUAUAAUCUACAUCAGUGGAUUUCAGUGCAAGCCCCCGAAGCCACUCCCUGCCGACUUGGAGGAGUUUGUCCAGGGUUCUGGAGAUCACGGGGUCGUUAUGAUGACUCUGGGAACUUUGGUCGGGGAGCUCCCUCAAGAUAUCGCUGAGGAGAUUGCUGCAGCGUUUGCCCAGCUGCCUCAGAAGGUCGUCUGGAGGUAUGUGGGACAAAGGCCAGCAAACCUGGGCAACAACACAUUACUGGUCAACUGGCUGCCACAGAAAGAUCUCUUAGGACAUCCCAAAACGCGAGUGUUCGUGACCCACGGAGGCACUAACGGAGUACAAGAGGCAAUCUACCACGGAGUUCCUGUCGUUGGACUUCCCUUAUUCUUUGAUCAGCCGGAUAACCUCUCCAGAAUCAAAGCAAAGGGAGGGGCUGUGAUUCUUGAUAUUGCCGAGCUCGACAGACACGUCUUUGCAGAUGCCCUCCAGGCGGCUCUCUACAAUUCCUCCUACAGGGAAAACAUGCAGAGGCUGUCAAGGCUGAGCAGAGAUAAGCCCAUGAAACCAUUGGAUCAGGCAGUGUUUUGGAUAGAAUAUGUCAUCAGACACAAAGGAGCCCGUCAUCUGACGACUCAGUCCACCAAAAUGUCCUGGUUUGUUUACAAGUCUCUUGAUGUCAUUGCUGCUUUGUUGGCAGUUAUUUUGCUCGUAACAUUCACUUGCAUUUCAAUUGCAGGGUUACUGUGGAGGAUUAUUUUAGUUGGGAAAAAAGUGAAACAUGAAUGACAGGGGAAACAACAUGUAGGAUUUACCAAACAACAACCCAACAUGUCUUUGUGUAUGAGGUUACCAAAGCUUAUAGCAUUCGUAAAGUUACGAUACAACCUAUCUUGAAGGUACAGAGAGACAAUAAAAUGCAGUCUCAUUGAGAGGACACAUGAAACAGAUGACUCCAGAUUUUUUAUUUUGAAUGUCCACAUCCAUUAACAGUUACUUCUUAUUCUGAAAGAAUGUCAACGAACCUGUUAAAUCUUACUCAACAGGUGCAAGGACCAACAAGAGUCCGAGACACAAACUGACCUGAUAGAAGGAAUCUCUUAAACCUCUUAUUUAUCUGACCGCAAAAUAACAUCAUGAGUACAGAAAUGGUUUGAAAUGCACUUUUAAAACCAAACAAUACUGCCAAAAAACAACAACAAAAAAAAGAAUAAUUUUGAAACUACUCAAAGCUGAUUGAUUUGAUUUUCUAUACAUGGAAUGCUGAGAACUGCAGCAGUACUUUUCUGAGUACCCGUAAUAUAUCCUCGUUUACAAAGAAGGUGCAAUACUUACCUGCACGUAAGGUCCCAUGACGAUGGCUCCAUGACGCCCUCUGGUGAUGAAUAUUAAUAACAUCCCUUUGAAAUAAAGCAGAAAUACAUUAAAGGAAAGACAAAAGCAGACUUUUUUUAUUCAAGCAAUUAAUGAUGCAAUAGAAAUGAGAGACUGAUCUGAAAAAGUCUUAAUGAAUUAACUAGAAUUAAUAAUGAUCAGAGAACAAAAGAACCUGAACAAAAUAAAUCAUUAAAUCUUGAAACAACCCCCCCCCCCCUCCCCCGAAAUAUAGCAUUAUACCAAGUACCUUUAACAACUGUUAACUGCCAACUCAAAACGUCUCCUCCAGAACCAACGAACCAAGAAGCAUUUGCCUCAAUCAAUGAUACUGAACCACGUUUUUAAAUAAAAAGAAAUAUCUGAAUCAGGAUGGGUCAACAUCAAGGUUUUUUUAACAGACUCAAAAGCAAAGAUGCUCAUUGUUUUGAUGCUGAUCUGGUCCAUUUUUUAUUUAAGAAAUUGAAUCCAAGCAACUCCCAUUUUAGGGCAGAAAUAUGGGUUUCGAAGCAGUGACGGGGACAACGGCUGUUUUUCUCAAAAAUGUGAAAAGAGAUUUAGUAGAAGGUGGUGAAAUGAAUGCUUUUAAUAUGUUGUGGUGAACCACGAGGAACUCCUGGCAAAUUACAUUCUUUUAACUUCUCCCCUGAUGAAAUCAUAUCUAACAAAAACGAAAUGAAACGUGUACGUACAUGUUGCUUCAAAACCUAGUGAAGAAAUAUCUCAUCUAAAUGGUUCUUUCUCCUGCAUUUGUGACUUAAGAACAAGUGGGGAAAAAAAGGUUUUGCAUGGAUAGUCCGUACUUUUUAUCAGUUGUGAUACGGGACAAAUAUGUUUUGCCAGGUCAUUUUGGCUGGUUUUUCUUGACAUUGUUUUAUCAAUAAAUGAUAUCACAGGAGAUAAGAUGCAUGUUUAAAUCCCUUGCUUGAAUUUUGUUCAGGCUAUAUCAGAACAUUCUUGCUUAUUUGUUGUAAAAUGCUCUUUACAUUCAAUAUAUAUUAAAUGGGAUAUGAUCUUGA